AUGGCAGAUGAUGAAGAAGAAGGUGGUUUUGGUGGAUUGUAUGAAGAUGGACAUUGGAUGUGGGAUGAGAAUACAGAAGCGUUGAUAUUUAUAAGUGACCUGCCACCAAAACCAGUAGAAGCAAUCCAGAUACCUAUUAAAGCUCCAACUGGAACAGUUGAAUUCAGAGACGAUGUUGACCUUAUAGAACAGAUCCGAUUUCGACGGCGUUAUCAACGAAAAUUAAAACCAGGCCAAGCAGAUGUUAUUACUAUUCAGGACGUUAAAGACAUAGCGAUAUAUACAGCUCCAGUAAAUAUUUUAAGUCCAAUGUUAAUAAAUAUGUUACACCUUCCUACUACGGAGAGAUUCAUUAGAGCGCUUGUACUCUGCUGCCAGUAUUAUUUACAGAUAGCGGAUGAAAUGGCAAAUCGCAUUCUCGAACUGGAUACAAAAGUACGGACACCGCAAUGUGAAAUAGUUGAAAACGAAUUCCGAGACAAUUUAUCGGACUUGAGGCUUUUAGUAGCAAAAGAAUAUAGUACCAUGCUCAUCGGUGGAAAUGACACAAAAAAAUUUCAUCAUAUGGGGCCUCAGAAGAAACGUCGAUCACUAUCUGAUAAAGAUGCUCGAUUUUUUGAGACAUUGUUACGAGUUUGUGUUCAAAUAGUAUGGUUGGCUCUCGGCCGCAAGUCAUUCAAUCAGAUAGAGCUGGAAGUUAAUAGAAUGUUUAAAUCUGAGAUAUUCAACGCCGUGGAGCACAAUUUGCAUACCGAUUACGUCGCAAAGAUGGCUAAGGAAGAGCGUGUGGUUUUGCUCGGCCACUGCGUGCGGCGCGACAAGAAGCUCAACACGCGAUCCCCUCUCAUGAACGAGGUGUUCUGUCACAGGGAAAUUGAUUAUCGCCUCACGGGACUUGGCGUUAUCAAGUGCCUUCAACCGACCCCGAGACUUCUAUAUAUGAUGCAUGCAGUAGCGGGUCCGGAAGAAAAAUUGUCCGAAUUGGGGAUCGUUCUUGGUGUCGUUGGAAUGCCUCGAUCAGCUUUCGAUACAAUGUUACGACCUUUACCGACCGCUUCCGAGACUGGAAAAUCGAAGGCUUCUGUAUCUUCACAGAGUUAUGGAUCAAAGAGCAGCACGAGUAGCUCCAUGAGAAAGAGCCAAUUGGUCCCGCAGAAAUUAUAUCCAGAAAUUGUGUUGCCACGAAAGGAGUCGCGAACCAUGGCAUUCCCUUCCGAGUUUCCGGAUGAACCAGAGGUGAUUCGACCCUGUAGCGAAACUCAACGUCGGCGCUGGCAAAAUAGACUCCAGAGACUUCUCCAUCCACACUAG